AUGGUUUCGCAAGCUAGUAAACUUACAGCCGAUGAGGAAAGCAUCAGAAUGAUGUUAACUGCAAAGGUCCACAUUGGCACCAAAAACGUUGAAAAUAAAAUGAGGAAAUAUGUUUACAGCCGUACCCAGGAGGGAGUUCACCUGAUCAACCUUGCCCACACCCUGGAAAAACUGAAGGUGGCCGCCAGGGCAAUAGUUACAGUGUCGAACCCCGAAGAAGUCGUUGUUGUCUCCGCGAGGCCUUAUGGAAGUCGUGCCGUAUUGAAGUUCUCCCACUACGUGGGAUCACAUCCCAUUGCAGGCCGCUGGAUCCCAGGAACUCUCACGAACCAAAUCACUCAGAAGUUCAUUGAGCCACGUCUCUUGGUCGCAACUGACCCAAGAACCGACGCCCAGUCUCUGAGGGAGUCGUCAUACGUGAGUCUGCCAGUGAUAGCACUCUGCGACACUGACUCCCCCCUCAACUAUGUUGACAUAGCCAUACCGUGCAACAACAAGGGCAAGGAAUCAAUCGCUCUGAUGUACUGGCUAUUGGCAAGGGAGGUGCUGUAUCUGAGGGGACAGAUCAAAAGAGGAGUCCAAUGGGACGUGCUGGUCGACACUUUCUUCUGGAGGGACCCCGAACAGUUUGAGCUCAAGAACGCAAACGAGGAUUCACUUCCCAACCACGAAGAAACUGAAAUGGUAGCCCCAAGACAGAACGUGCCGCUCCACCCUCUCCCAGAGUGGUCCACAGUCGACCCGACUCAAGCAGGCUCAUCCGAUUGGAAAGUCAUGGCAACCGGCCACGAGGAGUGGGGAUCAUUCGUGGAUUCCAGGCCCCAAUGGCAGUAA